AUGAACACAUCGAAGAUUCUGAAUCCAUCCAGCGAGAGAUACCAAAACCAACCCUCUCACAUACCCACCCAGAACCCACCCAGAACCCACCCAGAACCCACCCAGGACCCACCCAGGACCCACCCAGGACCCACCCAGAACCCACCCAGGACCCACCCAGAACCCACCCAGGACCCACCCAGGACCCACCCAGAAACCACCCAGGACCCACCCAGAACCCACCCAGAACCCACCCAGGACCCACCCAGGACCCACCCAGAACCCACCCAGGACCCACCCAGGACCCACCCAGAACCCACCCAGGACCCACCCAGAACCCACCCAGGACCCACCCAGGACCCACCCAAAACCCACCCAGGACCCACCCAGGACCCACCCAGAACCCACCCAGGACCCACCCAGGACCCAUCCAGGACCCACCCAGGACCCACCCAGGACCCACCCAGAACCCACCCAGGACCCAUCCAGGACCCACCCAGAACCCACCCAGGACCCACCCAGAACCCACCCAGAACCCACCCAGAACCCACCCAGGACCGUCUCACAUACCCACCCAGAACCCACCCAGAACCCACCCAGGACCCACCAAGAACCCACCCAGAACCCACCCAGGACCCACCCAGGACCCACCCAGGACCGUCUCACAUACCCACCCAGAACCCACCCAGGACCCACCCAGGACCCACCCAGAACCCACCCAGGACCCACCCAGGACCCACCCAGAACCCACCCAGGACCCACCCAGGACCCACCCAGAACCCAGCCAGAACCCACCCAGGACCGUCUCACAUACCCACCCAGAACCCACCCAGAACCCACCCUGGACCCACCCAGAACCCACCCAGAACCCACCCAGGACCCACCCAGCCCAUUCCCAUUUGGGCGUUCAACCCUCCACACCACCAUGACUAA